AUGUGUGGAGAUGUUCAAGCUAAUCCUGGUCCUUGUCAUAAUAACACUGGAGGACCUUACUCUGAUAACCACCGGACCUCAAAGAAUAUUCUUCGUUGUAUGUCGCUCAAUGCAAGGUCAGUCUGCAAUAGGCUGAAUGAGUUUCAUGAUUUAGUGAAAAUGAGCAACGUGGACAUGGUAGCAGUUACUGAAACCUGGCCUCGUCAAAGCAUAUUGGACACAGCAAUUCUCAACUCAAAUUAUAUUACUUUUCGUCAGGAUAGACCAACUAGAUCUGCGAAUGACAACUCGACAACACUUGAUUUACUUAUUACUUCUGUUCCUGAAUUUGUUAGACACAUCACAAUUCUCUCAGGAAAAUUUUCCUUGGACCAUAUGCUAAUUACUUUUGACAUCAUAAGUCCACUGAAGUGCAACAAGCCAUUGAAACGCUAUGUUUAAGACUAUAAGGAUGCUGAUUUCGACGGAUUACAAGAAGUCUUAAAGCAUACUCCUUGGGAUGUAGUUUACGAUGAAAAUGACAUGGAUUUUUCAAAUGUCAAGUGGAUAGAUCCUUUUUUUUUGCAGCUGUCAACGAUUGUGUCCCCAAGAUUGCGAUAA